GCGGCCGGACUGCGGCUCCCAGCGUGCCUCGCGCCCGGCAGGACUGCGGCUCCCAGCGUGCCUCGCGCCCGGCGUGGUCUCAAGAUGGCGGCGCCCAGGGGCGGCUCGGGCCUGGACACGGGCUCGGACUCGGACAGCAGCGGCGGCGGCGAUGCGGCGGCGGCGGAGCGGUUCCGGGAGGCCGCCUGGGACUGCGCCGGGCAGGCAGCGGCGGCGCGGGCGGGGCUGCCUGGCGGUGGUUUUAAGAAGGAUCGUCUGCAGCCAGCUCGGCCCAGCCUGAGACGCAAGGUGAAUGGUCAUGAUGAGGAUGGAAAUGAGCUACAGACCACACCAGAGUUCAGAGCACAUGUCGCAAAGAAGCUGGGAGCAAUGCUGGACGGUUUUAUCACUGUCUUGAAGGAUUCAUCAGGACCCUCACAAACUUCUGUGCAGGAGUCUGACUCUGGAGAUGAUGGCUUUCGCCUCUUCUCCUCCUCUGUCCCGGGAGACUCUGGGAAAUCGGAGCCUUGCCCUCCAGCAAGGAGGAGACAGCCAUCCAGCUCCAGUGACCUGGACAGUGAUGAAGAAUGGCAAAGGUACCAGGAGGCUGCUGUGUCAGCUGCAGACAUUCUGAAGCAAAGUGCUUUUCCUGCGCUGUCCCCAGAUCCCAGCCAGGAUCUGAAUCACGGUUGUGCAGAGCCCAGCCAGAAGAAAAAGAAGAAAAAGAAAAUCAGGCAAAAGGACAAAAUUCAAGACAAAAUAGUAGACAUGGCAGAGUGUGACCAGAUCAGAAAAGAUUUGCAGUGUUUGGUGUCUACAAAUGGACAGGAUGAGAGACAGCACAGAAAUAAUACAGAGACAACACUGUUGCCAGAUAUAGUGAGGAAGAAAAAAAAGAAGAAAGGAGAAUGAAGAUUUUGCUCUGCAAAUGGCAGAUGAUUGCGAUAAUUUCUUUUCAGUGUCCUUCAUCUAACAAAGAAAAAGUUGCUGCAGAUGAGGGAAAAUUAACUGGCAGAGCUUCAGUUUUGAAAGCUCAGUGGCCUGAGAUUUUUAUUAAAUGAAUUCCUUUGUUGUUGGCAUCUCUUGAGGACGGGAACAUUGUUCUUCCAUCACAGCGGUUACAUAUGCCGCUGCUUCUGCGGACCUAGUGCUAAAGGAUUAAAUACUGUGCAUAGACUUAUGUGACAAAGGGAUGUAAUCAUAGCUGCACCCCUCCUGGUGUGUUACUUCUCUUGGUUAAACCAAAUCUUGUGUCCUGGAGAAAGUAUGUGAUGGGUUGAGUCUGAGUUGUACAAACAGGCGAUCAACUCCUCUUUCUCCUUUGCUCCUGCUAGAGGCCUGGGAGGAAUAGCUCCAGCCCAUGGGAGAGACUCAUUUGUCAAAAGCAUCCUGGCAGAUGUCAGGGCCUACUUAUUUUUUCUAUGAUCAUCGUAACAAUCUGUUGUUGGAACCUGCCGUGUUAUUAAUCCCUCAGUAAUCUGCACCUCUCCAGGGCCCCUGUGUAUAACAGCUAAACAAAGAGCUUAUUGCUGUGUUCUUAUAAACAGGUAGUUCUGUUCAAGUUGUCUCCUCUGAAAUUUAUUUUCACUUACAGUGUCUUCUGUGGCAUUUGUUAUUAAAUUCUGCUACGCUUUUAGUCUUA